GAACUGCUUUUCCUUGUAUUUGUGAUAUGAACUGCCUUUCAUCAUUCUCACAUACCCUCUUCUUUUAUUCAGUUUCGGUUUUCGUUCUUCAUUGGUUUUAUGUCUUCUCUUUCAUCUGGGGUUGAUCUGAAAAAGAUGUCGAACGCUUCGUUGAUGACGAGUUUGGGGUCCGAGACCGACGCCGGAGGAAUGAACGUUGACGAAAAGAAGAGAAAACGGAUGAUAUCGAAUCGAGAAUCGGCUCGACGGUCAAGAAUGAAGAAGCAAAGGCUCCUGGAACAUUCGGUGACUGAAAUUGCAUCGUUGAAGAUCGAAAUCCAUGAAAACAGUAACAAGUACCAAGUCCUGAUGCAAAGGACUGUUGCUCUGGAGUCUGAAAACAAGGCUUUGAAGGCUCAACAAAUGGAAUUGGCUCAGUAUUUAGGGAAGCUGGAAAUGAUGCAAACUCCGAUGGAAUCAUUGCAGUUCGAUUUGAUGAAUCAGAGAGGAGGAAGCUUUGGGGAUCAAAUUGUUGAAGUUAACGAACCCCCAAUAGCUCAGUCUUGGCAAUGCCACGGUUUAAAUCAGCCUGCCAUGGUUCGGACCUCUACCGAGAUGUUGAACUAUUAUUGUACAUAAGGACAAACCGCAUGA